UGUUUGAUUCGCAGCAGCCGAUUCGCAUGGCUUCGACGGCGGCGAAGAAUAGAGAAAACCGAGCCGCAAGGUUGACGGUAGGCUGUAGCGCGGCAGAUCGGUCGGCGCAUUUUGCGCGCAGGGAAGCGGCGAGGGUUCUUCGGUGCGUGCUGCAAGGUGACGCCCGCCGCCGGGCGCCUGCCUCGAUAAAGUCGCUAAUAUACAGCCCAUCCGUCCGCAACAAGAAGGCUACUUUUGCACUUGUUUGCCAAACCCUAAAGUAUCUACCUGUUCUAAAGAAUAUUUUAGCAGCAGCAAAUGUACUAAGUGCGAAGUGGAAGAAGCAAGCCCCGCUCUUGUAUGUGACCGCAUAUGACGUUCUAUUUGGGCAGAAAAUUGUAAUCACAGGUGCUCAAGAGAAACUUAUUGUGCUUCAUAAAGAUUCCCUUGAAUCAGCUCUAUCAAAGCUUUGUGCUCAAAAGAAAGUGAAGCAUGUUGAGGAAUUGCUUCUAGAUAAUCAUAAUCACGUUUCACCCAAACCUCGAUUUGUCCGUGUAAAUACAUUGAAGAUAGAUACAGAGUCUGCAAUCCGAGAAUUAGAGAGAAUAACCAAGGUCAAAGUUGAUGGCUUGGUUCCAGACGUGUUAGUGCUUCCAGGUGGAACUGAUUUACACAACCAUCGCUUGGUUUUGGAUGGAAGCUUGUUUCUUCAAGGGAAGGCAAGUUCUAUGGUGGCUGUCGCCUUAUGCCCAAAACCAGGAUGGAAGGUUCUUGAUGCUUGCGCUGCUCCUGGAAACAAAACUUCUCACCUCGCUGCACUCAUGAAAGGCAAGGGAAAAAUAAUAGCAUGUGAAAUUAACAAGAAAAGGCUCAUACACUUGGAUGAUACUAUCAAACGGUCAGGGGCACUUAAUAUAGAAAUUAUUCAUCGUGAUUUUUUGGAUAUUAAUGAUAGUGAACCCUCGUUUUCAAAGAUUCGAGCCAUUUUGUUGGAUCCUUCUUGUUCUGGUUCUGGAACGUCCACUGAAAGAUUAGAUUAUCUGCUCCCAUCGUAUUCCACAGAUCAUAAAGAUGAGGCUGCUGCUAAUAGUUCACGUGUGAAGAAGCUUGCCGCUUUUCAAAAGAAGGCACUUGCUCAUGCUCUAUCUUUUCCUGCAGUUGAAAGAGUUGUCUAUAGCACAUGUUCUAUCCAUCAAACUGAGAAUGAAGAUGUCAUCAACGCCGUUCUUCCUUUAGCCACCUCGCUCGGCUUCAAACUAGCUACUCCUUUCCCUCAGUGGCCUCUUCGUGGCCUCCCCAUCUUUGAUGGUGCUGAGCGUUUGCUGAGAACUGAUCCAUCCCAAGAUACAGAAGGAUUUUUCAUUGCAUUGUUUGUCAGGAAGCUCAUUAGCCUUCCUCCUGCUAAGAAAAGACGGCUUAUGUGCCGGAAUAAAGAUUUAAAUCGAGGAAGAAAAUUUCCAUUUUUACCUACGAAGAUUUCAAUGAUUUGGAUGCGUAACUGGAUGACGAACAAGAAGAGGUAACUGAUAUGAAAAUUCUAAAACCAUCUUCUAUCUCAGAGCAUUUUUGCAACCGUGGAGCAAUCAAAAACAGUUAGAAUUUUCCUGGCAAGUUAGCAAAAACUGAAUAUGGAGUAAGAAUGGACGCUUUUUAUUUAUUCUUAGUGUUUUAUAAAUGGGGGCAUUUAUAUACAUACCACACUAUUCUCAUGUAUUUACAUAUUUAACACCUAAUAAAAAGUCUUUAGGCUAACAAGCACUUCCAUGACUAGGAUGAAAACCUUCUCGUGAUGUUGGGUCAAUGAGGCUUUCAAUAUUUUGAGAAGUAAUGAUAAGAAAUGAUAAAUAUGACAAAACAGAAUGAAAUCUAUAUAAAAUGCCACAUUUUAAAAACAUGGCUCG